AUGGCAAGUCACUCUUAUCGCAUUGGCUCCAGCCAUGGGGUCAGGAACUUCAGCUCUUGCUCUGCUGUUGUGCCCAAGCCAGGGACUCACAGCAAUGUCAGUGCCAUGACCUAUUGUGGGGUAGUGCUGGGGUGCGGCUACAGAGGCCUCUGGGGCUUUGGCAGCCGGAGCCUGUGUGUGGUGGGGUCACCUCGGAUGGCACUGGGUUGCAGAUGGCCCCUACGCAUUGGCGGCAGCUUUGGCUACCGGGCAGGUGGCCUGUGCGGGCCCAGUCCUCCCUGCAUCUCCACUGUGACAGUCAAUGAGAACCUCCUCACACCCCUCAACCUGGAGAUCAACCCCAACGCUCAGUGUGUGAAGCAGCAGGAGAAGGAGCAGAUCAAGUGCCUCAAUAACAAAUUUGCUGCCUUCAUCGACAAGGUGCACUUCCUGGAACAGCAGAACAAGCUGCUGGAGACUAAGUGGCAAUUCUACCAGAACCAUGAGUUCUGCCAGGGCAACCUGGAGGAGCUGUUCCAGGGCUACAUCCAGACACUAAGGCGGGUGAAUGAAUACAUGGAGGAUGAUGCUGGGAGGCUGACCUUGGAGCUCAACCACGUGCAGGAGCAACUGGAGGGUUUCAAGAAGAAGUAUGAAGAGGAGCUGGCCCUCGGGGCCACAGCUGAGAAUGAGUUGGUUCUGCUAAAAAAGGACAUAGACAGUGCUUAUCUGCGCAAGUCAGACCUGGAAGCCAAUGUGGAGCUGUUGACCAGGGAGAUCACCUUCCUACGGUCUCUCUAUGAGGAAGCUGUUUGUUGUCAUGUACCGGAAAUCUGGAUCCUUCAGUCACAAAUCUCUGAAACCUCAGUGGUGGUGAAGAUGGACAACAGCCGGGAGCUCAACAUGGAUGUGGUUGUGGCUGAGAUCAAGGCUCAGUAUGAUGAUAUUGCCAGCCGCAGCAGGGCUGAGGCUGCGGGCUGGUACCAGACCAAGUGCGAGGAGAUGAAGGCUACAGUGAUCCAGCAGAGUGAGAACCUCCGCAAAAGCAAGGAUGAGUUGAACAAGCUGAACCGCUUGAUCCAGAGGCUGACAGCAGAGGUGGAGAAUGCUAAGCAGCAGUGCAGUAAGCUGGAGGCUUCCAUAGCUGAGGCGGAGCAGCAGGGUGAGGCAGCCCUCAGUGAUGCUCGCUGCAAGUUGACAGGGCUGGAGGAGGCACUGCAGAAGGCCAAGCAGAACAUGGCCUGGCUGCUCAGGGAGUAUCAGAAGCUCAUGAACUCCAAGCUGGGCCUGGAUGUGGAGAUCGCCACCUACCACAAACUGCUGGAGGGCGAGGAGAGCCGGUUGUGUGAAGGCAUGGGUGCGGUAACAUCUGUAAAUUGGGCAUCUGUAGGUGUGGCUUUCUUGGGUGUGAGCCGUUCCCAGGGUGGCGUGAUCAGCGGGAAUCUUGGUUCCACUGUCUCACAGGGUGUGAAGUUUCCUCAGCCAGAUGAAGGAUUCAAAGAAGACCAAGAGGCAGCAGGGGUGGGGGAGAAGGUUAGAGAUACCAAUUCUAAGACUUUUUCCAGCUCCAUGUGUCAAAGUGCCACCUUUGAGAGGAACAGAACCCUUAUCAGGAGAGGGCUGAGGGAGCUCCAGAGUGCUCUGGACCAAAAGAGCUUGCUCUGGAUCUUUGCUGAUGGUUGUAAAGUGGGACUAGAGAAGAGGUACCUGUCCUUGGAAGCCAAAGACAACUCUGGCUGGCCAAAUUGA